CAUACAUUAUCUAUCCCAAGAGUGUUGGCAUACUACUAACAAGUUAAAAAGUGACAGAGGCAAGGGGUUUUUACCACUUACGACGCUCGGGCUCGCUCGGGCUUUGAUGGGGCGAUCGUUAUUGGCCACACGGCAAUGACAAAGCACGAACGCAAAACCGAAUACUGUGAAGCGAGAUACAGCGAACAUUGGCGUCGGAAUUCGUUUCGGCACGGUAGCGGCGUCUUAUGUUUAUAAAAUCUCUGGGAUAUGGUGGUUCGACUAUGUUUCUUGGUGGGAUUGGGUGGAGCGUACGGUGAUUCCCCUUGCUCGUGUGUGAGUCCAGCUAGUGUGAAGUGCGCCGCACUCCUGAGCUGGAGAAUGCUGCACACGGUUACAGGAGCGACAUUCGUUAAGAAACAGUCGUAGCAAUCAGAUCGGAAGUGUUCCAACCGUUACAGUAGAAAAGUGUACAGUUGUGCCAUAGUUUUAUUGUUAUGGUUGAGUGUGUGUGUAGCAAUAAGUGUUCAUAAAAUGGCUACGGCAAAAAGAGUACGAAGGAUUCAUAGCCAAGCACGAGCCAUAGUGAAAAGAGUAGGGGAGAAAUGCGAAGAGGAAACAAUAAAGGGUGAAUUGUUACAUCCAUUGCAUAGUCCAAAUCUCCGAGCAGCAGAGUAUACUGGAUUAUCGACACGCAUAAUUAGCAAAAUAAAAAAUGAAACUUCUGAUUCAGAAGGAGUUGUCUCUACGUUCGGGAAGAAACGGUUAAGAGAUGCUGAAGAAGAAUUCCACUGCACUGAAAAGGACAAAAUGUUAAUAAGAAAUAUUAUUUAUAAGAUUUACAAGCGAGGGAGAGUUGUCACAUGGGGUCCGCAAUUAUUGGAUGAGAUCCGUGAACAAAUGAAUUUCCCUUGGGACGCUGCCAUCUUACGCAAAUUAUUGAAAAGCAUGGGAUAUGAAUGGAAAAAAUAUCACACUCGAAAAAGGAUAUUAAUAGAAAGACCAAGUAUAGUGGCCUGGAGAGAUAAUUAUUUAAAAACAGUACAAUCUCAUAGGAUGGAAAAUAGGAAUAUUAUUUAUGUUGACGAAAUAUGGGUAGACAAUGCUCUGAAUUUCGGGAAGUAUUGGCAAAGUGAAGAAGAAUUCGGAGUAUCGAAAAAUACUAGUUCAUCCGAACGAGUAAUAAUCGUGCAUGCGGGUGGACAAAAUGGAUUUGUCCCCAAUGCAGGAUUAAUUUUUAAAAUUGAUAGUGCCACUAGCGAUUACUAUGGACAGGUGGAUGCUGCAAAUUUCGAAAGCUGGAUUAUAGAAUUAUUAUUGCCAAAUAUUCCACCAAAUACGGUGGUGGUAAUGGAUAAUGCCCCAUACCAUUCCGUCGAGAUGAACAAACCACCAAAUAAGUAUGCAAAAAAAGCAGACAUGUUAAGUUGGCUUGAACAGAAUAACGUUCCACAUACAGAAAAGAUGAAGCAAUAUGAACUAGCAGAAUUAAUAGCUCGGAAUAAACCAACAAAAAAAACCUACAAAAUAGAUGAAAUUUUAAAAUCGUAUGGACAUUCUAUUUUACGAUUACCCCCCUAUAUGCGCGAACUAAAUCCAAUUGAACAAGCCUGGGUAAAGAUAAAACAAGCAAUCAGUGAAAACAAUAUUUUUUCGACGUUAACGUUAGAUGAAUUACAGUCUUUAUUACCAGAAGCAAUAGACAGUGUAACGGCAAGUGAUUGGGCAGAAUUCUGCAAAAAUACUGAACAGAUUGAAAAGGAAUAUAUAGACAAUGAUAAUUUAUUAGAAAUAUCCAUGGAAAAUAUAAUAUUAAAUAAUAUAGGUUCAGAUAAUGAUGAUGACAGUAGCAGUUCAGAUGAUUUCUAAAAUGAGAAAACGUAAAUGGUUAUGUAUAAUUUUAAUAUUGAUUUUUAACUAUUGCAUCUGUAGUAUGAAUCUUCUGAAGAAGUUAUUUUUGCAUUCGUCAUAUUCUGAAUCUAUAUUUCCAAACAUAAGUUAUCCAUGGUGGGUUUCAAUAAAGUAUCAUUUUAAAAAUAUUUCUUCAACCGUUUUUAUAUCUUCAAAAAUUUUGUUCACUGUUGCAAUCUCAUGUAUUGCUCUUUUUUCUGGCAUUUGUUCUCCCAUGACAUUCAGUCGCAUUUUAGUAUUUCCAUCUUUUUGUCAAUUUUUUAAGUGUGUAUAAUUUUCAUGAGAAAAUAACUUUUUGAUGGAUGGCAAUAAAAAUUAGUGGGAUAAUUGGUACAAUCUUUCUUCAAUGUAUAAUUUAACGUGAAUAUUUCUUAUUGUAAUUUUAUCAUCUCUGAAGCUGGGAAAUCUUCUGAUGCUUUUUAAUUGUUAUUCUACGGCAAUGGAACUUUUCUUCUCGCAAAGGACUUUCAUUUUUACAUUUGUUAAGUGAUCCUAUUCAUCCAGUAAAAGCAACAACAUGGAUGUUUGGUUUAUCUGCUGGAUGAAAUAAACAAUUCUGACUGCUUCUUCAUCAAGUUUCUGUAAUUCUUUUCACCAUGGGUAAUGCUUGGCUAUGAGCUAAUUGUGCCUUCUUUUAUGUAUGUAACUUUUUGGUAUGCUUAAUCUAUGAAAUAUGUUUAAUAAUGUAAUGCAAAACUUAUUGCUACACUUAAAUGGCACACAUAAUUUAUAUAAUAAAUACUACAUAAACCAAAUGUGUACUGUUUACGCAUAAAAGUAUCUCCAAAACUCAAAAUGAGAGGUAAAUACUAAAACUAUACAAUGGAGAAAUGCUCAACAAUGUCUAAGUAGACUGUUUUUAAAAAACUGUUUUUUGAAAAUUAUGAUAAUUUUCAAGGACUUAUUUACCUGUUCCUGACGUGAAACAGUCUCUUCUUUAUAUGUAAAAUAUCUACAGAACUCAAAAUGGGAAGUAACUGCUAAAACUAUGUAAAGGGGAAACCACAUAGUAUUGUCCAUGUAAACUGCAUUCAAAAACGUUGCAGAGUACGAAGGAAAAAUUAAGAUUGGAAUGGAUUUUGUUGCAUCUGAAUUUUUUAGAUUUUGUUAAAGACUUCCCAAUUGUUUCGAUUGAAGAUCCAUUUAAUCAAGAUGAUUGGGAUUGGUGAACUUCUAUGACAUCAUUUAUUCCUAUUUAGGUUGUUAGUGACGAUCCUACUGUGACAAAUCCAGAAAGAAUUAAAACAGCUAUCGAAAAGAAAGCUUGCAACUGCCUCUUAUUGAAGGUCUACCAAAUAGGUACUGUUGCUGAAUCUAUUAAUACUCAUAAACUUGCGAAGAGUGUUGGAUGGGGCACCAGGGUGUCUCACCGUUCCGGAGAAACAGAAGAUACAUUCAUUGCCGAUCU